UCAAGAUGGAUUACAGUUCCUACAGCGGAGUUCCAAGGUUUCUGACCAGGCCCAAGGCCUUUGUGGUAUCCAUGGGGAAAGAUGCCACUCUAAGUUGCCAGAUCAUUGGAAACCCCAUCCCCUUGGUGAGCUGGGAGAAAGAUAAACUUCCUAUCCAGACAGGGGGAAGGUUUAAAAUGGUGGAAGAUGGUGACUUGUAUCGUCUGACGAUUUACGAACUCAGCCUGGAGGACAGUGGCCAGUACAUCUGCCGGGCCAAGAACACCAUCGGGGAAGCUUUUGCUGCUGUCAGUAUCAAAGUUGGAGAGAAAACGACUGUGACUGAAUCGGCCCCUUACUUUAUCCAGAAGCCCACUUCGAUCCGAGUGAUCAUGGGGGAAGAUGCCAUGUUCAAAUGCAUUGUUCAGGGCAGCCCUCCUCUGUCUGUGAACUGGGAGAAAGACGGGAGGCACCUGGGUGGUCGGUCAGAGUCUAACCGUAUCCAGAUUGACACUCAGGGGGAGAAAAACGCCCUCAAGAUCCAAAGCACUCGGUUAGCGGAUAGUGGGACGUACACUUGCCGUGCAGAGAACCCUCUUGGGGCUGCCAGUGCCGCUGCUGCAUUGGUUGUGGAUAGCCCAGAUUUUUACAGCCCUGGGGGCAUUCGGCAUAAUGUGGACACAGACUAUAGCAAGACUUCCCCAUUGUUGUCACACUUGCAAAAAAGACGGGAAGAGAUCAGAAAGACAGACCUAUCCACUACCGAUUCACUGAUCUCUACGGCAUACUCUUCCACUGAAGGGCGGUCAAAAAUUGGCUUGAACCUCUCCCUUGAUUAUGAGAGGGCUGCCAGUUUGACGGCCAAGAGUUUCCGAAGCGAUAGUUCUUCCUAUGGCAUAACAACACGCAGCUUCACGGUGACCGAGGGGAAACACGCCAAGAUGAGCUGCUAUGUUACGGGAGAACCCAAGCCGGAGAUUGUUUGGAAGAAAGAUGGAGAAGUCAUCUUGGAAGGGCGGAGACACAUCAUCUAUGAGGAUGAGCAAGAGAAUUUUGUGCUGAAGAUCCUCUUCUGCAAGCAGAUAGAUAAUGGUCUCUAUACCUGCACGGCUUCCAACCUGGCGGGACAGACAUACAGCUCUGUGCUGGUCACAGUCAAAGAACCGAAGAUUCCUUUCAAAGUGAAGCUAAGAGAUUUGGAAGUCCGGGAAAAGGAAUCGGCUACUUUCCAAUGCGAGGUCCCUGUUCCCAGUACGGAAACCACCUGGUUCAAAGAAGAGACAAAACUCCAACAGAGUAACAAGUACAACAUUGAAGAACAAGGGACGUCUCGGAAGCUUACAGUCCAGAAUGUGACCAUGGACGACGAUGCGGUCUACAUCUGCGAAAUGAAAGAAGGCAGCAGAACCAUAGCCGAGCUGAGCGUCCAAGGGAAUAUCAUUAAGAAACUGCCUAGGAAAACUGCCGUCAGCGUCAAAGACACAGCUAUAUUCUGCGUGGAACUGGAAAACGAGUGUCAGAAAUUCCGCUGGCUGAAGAACAAGGAAGAGCUGAAGCCCAACAAUCGGAUCACCAUCACGUCCUCCGGCAAGGAGUACAACAUGACAAUCCGAGACUGUCAAAUGGAGGAUGCGGGAGAGAUCGUUUUCGUGGCUGACGAUUGCAGAACAUCCACCCAGUUUACUGUGUCCGCCCCAAAGAAGCCUCCAUCUCAACCCCCCAUUGACCCAGUGGUGAAAAAUAAAACAGAAACCUCAGUGACGUUAGCCUGGUCCCCUCCUAAGAUGGAGCGCCCCAUCCCCAUCAAUGGAUAUUUGGUGGAACGCAAGAAGCUGACGGGGUUCACGUGGCAGCGGUGCCACGAAUCCCUCAUCACUGCAACAGAAUUCACAGUGAGCAACCUUGCCGAAGAGUCUGACUACCACUUCCGAGUAUCAGCAGUCAACAACUAUGGCCAGAGUGAUUACCUUGAGUUCCCAGGAACUCUGCACCUUGAACCAGUGUUGGCUAUGAGAACCCCUCUGAAAUCUAUAGAAGUCGCCCCAGGCAGGGAUGCUACUUUUAUUGUCGACCUCACCAAAAUCUGUUCCGGCUCGUGGUACCUCAACAGCAAAGUCUUACAGAACAGUGAUAAGUACAUCAUUACCAGAACCCAAACGACCCACAGCCUUACCGUCAAAAGGGUGACACGGAGUGACAGAGAUGCAGAGGUGAAGUUUGUCACCAACGGCCUUGAAGCCACAGCCAAGAUAAGACUGAGAGAAGAGGCAGCCAAGUUCAUGGACACAGUCGGACCAGCCCCUGGAAUUUCGGUCAAGCUUUCCGAGAAGUUUGAACUGGUUUGCGAGGUGUCGUCAGAACACGAUUCCGUGGUGUGGAAGAAGGGUCCGAAGGAGAUUAGGCCAGAUGAAAGGACGGCUUACACUUUUCAGGGAACGCAACGGAAACUCAUUGUCAGAGAUGCCCGAAAGCAGGACGAAGGGAUCUACACCUGUGAAACCAAGGACGACAAGAUUACAUUCCACGUUGAGGUGAAAGAGCCUGAGGAAGUCUUUGCCAACAAGGAGAAGGUCCAAAAGGAGGUGAAGGCCACCAUUGCAAGGAAUGCCUGUCUCAGCUGUGAGGUGUCCCAGGCCGACACGGAAGUUAAGUGGUUCAAGGACAGGAAGCUGAUCACCUCUAGCAAGAAAUUUAGGAUAGAAUCCGAAUGCAGAUCCAGACAGUUGAUUGUGAACCAGGUGGAAAAGAAGGAUGCUGGGGAGUACACCUGUGAAGCUGCUGGCGAAAAACUGACCUUUAAAGUUGUUGUCACAGAAGCCGAGGACGUCUUUGCCAACAAGGAGAAGGUCCAGAAGGAGGUGAAGGCUGUCCUUUCGCAGAACACCUCCAUCAGCUGUGAGGUGUCCCAGGCCAAAACAGAAGUGAAAUGGUUCAAGGACGGGAAGCUGAUCGCCUCCAGCAAGAAAUUCAAGGUGGAAUCCGAAGGCAGAUCCCGACGACUGAUUGUGCAUCAGGUGGAGAAGAAAGAUGCUGGGGAAUACACCUGUGAGGCGGCUGGCCAAAAACUGACCUUCAAAGUGAUUGCAACGGUUGCAGAAGCUGAGGAAGUCUUUGCCAAUAAGGAGAAGGUGCAGAAAGAAGUAAAGGCUGUCCUUUCCACAAAUGCCUCCUUCAGUUGCGAAAUGUCCCAGGCUGAGACAGAAGUGAAGUGGUUCAAGGAUGGGGUGCGGAUCACUGCCAGCAAGAAAUUCAGUACAGACUCUGAAGGCAAAUCUCGACGUUUGGUUGUGCAGCAAGUGGAGAAGAAGGAUGCUGGGGAGUACACCUGUGAAGCUGCUGGCCAAAAACUGACCUUCAAGCUUAAUGUUGCAGAUGUCCCAGACAUAUUUGCAAAUAAGGAGAAAGUGCAGAAAGAGGUGAAGGCUGUUUUGAAGGAGAGCACCGUCUUGGCCUGUGAAGUUGCAUCAACUGAGACGCAGGUGAAAUGGUUCAAGGAUGGGAAACCCCUCAGCUCCAGCAAAAAAUUCAGAACAGAGACGGACGGCACCUCUCGAAAACUGGUGCUUGAGCAGGUGGAGAAGAGAGAUGCCGGGGACUACAGUUGUGAAGCCGCUGGCCAAAAACUGACUUUCAAGGUGGAAACUGUAGAACCGGAGCCCAAAUUCCAAAAGAAAACUGCCCAAGAGGAGCCAAUAGUCAUUCAGGAGCAUAAGAGCAUCAACCUGACGGCAACGGUGGUGCCCGAUAACGCGGAGGUCAAAUGGUUCAAGGAUGGCACCGAGAUAAAAAGCAACAAGAAGUACGAGAUAAGGAAAGAAGGGGCCUCUCGUUCCCUGAUUGUGAAGCUGGCGGAAGAGAAGGACACGGCCGUAUAUACAUGUGAGACCAAGAGUGAUAAGCAGAAGUUCCAAGUGCAAGUUCAAGAAAUCCCAGUGAAGUUUGUCAAGGAGUUGGAACCUGUGAAGGCAGAGAUCGGUGGGACCCUGACUCUGAGCUGCGAGCUGAAUCAGACCAGGGGUGAAGUCGUCUGGCGCAAGGAUGGACUGCAGCUGAAAGCAAAUAAGCGCUACCAAAUGCACGAGAUUGGUGAAAAACGAGUCCUUGUGGUGACGGGGCUUCGGGCAGAAGACAAGGGAGAAUACUCCUGUGAAGCCAGGAAUGACAAGUGCAGGAUUCAGGUGACCCCCACAGUUCCUAGAGCAGUGAAGUUUGUCAAAGGCCUCCACAACAUUGUUGCAGAAGAAGGGAAAGAGGCCAUCUUCAAGUGCACGGUUUCCCCCGGUGAUGCUGCCGUCUCAUGGAGCCGCAACAGAACCAAGAUCGAGGCCAGUAAGAAAUACUUGAUUGCUCAGAAGGACACCAGUCACACCCUCACCAUCACUGACUUGACCCUGAAGGACUCUGGUGAUAUCACUGCAGAAGCAGAAGGGGUGGAAAGCAAAGCAACCCUCAAAGUUGAAGAGGCACCGGUAUUAUUCGUGAAGAAACUGGAAACCAAAUCUGUGGAGGAGAAGGACACAGUGACUCUGGAAGUGGAGCUGAGCAAGCCAACCACAGAGGUGAAGUGGAUGAAGAACAGCAGCGUGCUCCAUCCAAAUGCCAACGUGGAGGUCAAGGUUGAUGGGACAAAGCACAGCCUGGUGAUUAAAAGUGCCACCUACGCAGACCGGGGCUUCUAUUCCUGCGAGACCCUCCAUGACAAGACCCAGGCAAAAGUAAACGUGGAAAUGAGGCCCAUCAAGCUGGUGAAAGGCUUACAGCAGGUGGACGUCCACGAGAAGGAGUGUGCCACGUUUGAGGUGGAACUGUCGCACGAGAAUGUGGAGGCAACCUGGAUGAAAGAUGGCUUGAGGCUGAAGUCACAGGACAACUGUCGAAUCAGCGCCCAGGGGAAGAAGCAUUCUCUGACUCUCUCCUCCCUGGCUCUGGAGGACUCGGGACUUGUCAGCUUCAAGGCAGAAAGCAUCCACUCAACAGGCAGGCUUAAUGUGACAGAACGGCCAGUCAAAAUAACCAAGCCCUUAGCGGGCAUCAAAGUGCAGCACAAGGAUGACAUAACCUUUGAGUGCGAAGUCUCCAGGCCUAACGCAACAGUGAAAUGGCGGAAGGAUGGAGUUGAGCUACGGCCAAGUAAAAAGCUGGCAAUAAUUUCCCGAGGGACAAAAAGGAGCCUCACAAUACACAAAUGUGAAUACGAAGACCAAGGAAAAUACAUGUGCGAUGCUGUUGAUGAUAAGAGUGUGGCUGCUUUGGAGGUCCAUGCUCGAGACGUCAAGAUCGUGAAGCCCUUGGAAGACGUGGAAGUAAGUGAGAAACAGAGCGCUUCUUUCCUCUGUGAAAUCUCUCACGAUGAUGUGCAAACCCAGUGGUACAGUAACGAGAACAAAAUUCGGGCCGGAGACAACAUCAAACUGCGCCAAGAAGGGAAGAGUUAUGCCCUCGUCUACAAAAGUGUGGAGGUGCAGGAUUCUGCGGAGAUCAAGUUUGUUGCGGAAACCGCAGAAUCUCGAGCGCAACUUACAGUGAACGAACUGCCUGUGAAGAUUGUAAAACCUCUCCGUGUUAAGAUCGCUCUUGAGAAACACAGGGGCUUUCUGGAGUGCCAAGUGUCCCGCCCCAAUGCUGAGGUCACAUGGUACAAGAACAACCAAGAGAUCUGUCCAGGCGAGAAGUAUGAGAUUGUAAGCGAUGGGGUCUACCGGAAACUGAUCAUCAAUGACACAGAGUUUGAUGACGAGGAUAUUUACACUUGUGAUGCCAUCGACGAUAAAAGCAGUGCUCAGUUCUACGUGGAAGAGCAAUCAAUCAACAUCGUGAAGGAGCUGAGGGACGUGGAGGUGACGGAACCGGCCGAAGCCAGGUUUGAGUGUGAGAUUUCCAUCCGGUCCGUGAGGCCCCCUAAGUGGUCUCUCCGUGGAGAGCUCCUGCAGCCCAGCAAGGAUGUUGUGAUAGAGCAAGAGGGGACCAUCCACCGCCUCAUCCUGAAGAAGACCGAUGCGGACAUGACUGGUACCAUCCAGUUUGCCAUUGGGAAAUCAAAGUCCUUGGCAAACUUGGUUGUGAAAGAUCUCCAAGUGACCAUUACCAGGCCACUAGAAGAUAAGGUUGUUCUGGAAACUCAUUCCAUUGUCCUGUCCUGUGACUUUAAGCCUUCGCCAAAGACCGUAGAAUGGUACAAAGACCACACCCUCAUCGAGCCCUCCGAGAGAUUUAAGCCCAAGAGGGAUAAGAAUACGGCGGAACUCAAAAUUUUGAGGCUAAAUAUUGGCGACUCAGGUGUCUACAAAUGCAAAGCUGGAAGUGCAGAGACCAAAGCCAAGCUGUCUGUCUUGGACCGCAAAGUCGAGAUAACGAAACACCUUCAGGAUGUGGAAAUUGAAGAGGAGAGCGGUGCCAUUUUCACCUGCGAGCUGUCUGAGGAUAACGAGGAAGUGGAAUGGUUCCUCAACGACACGCACCUUUACCCCAACAACUUCAACGAGAUCAAGACCAUGGGCAAGUGUCAUUCCCUGACGUUGAAACACGUCAUGCCAGAAGAUGCAGGGACAGUGACGGUCAAGGUGCAGAAGAGGUUCUCCGAGAGUGCUCGUCUGAAGGUGAAAGAGAAGCCGGCCGUCUUUAUGAAAUCGCUAGAUGACAUCAUCGGGGAGCUGCGUGGUACAGUCACUCUGGAGUGCGAGGCCUCCAAGCCAAAGGUCAAGCCCGUCUGGAAGAAGGAGGGUGUGGAACUCACCCCCGGAGACAAGUACGAGAUGUUGCAGGCUGGGAAGACGUUGGGCCUCAUCAUUCACAACCUGAGCAAGAGCGAUGCCGGCUUGUAUACAUGUGACCUCGGCACUGAGGUCGCCAAGUCGCAAGUCAGUGUUCAAGAGCUGAAUAUUGGCAUCACGAAGCGUCUAAAGAACACUGACGUUUUGGAAGGAGAGAGCUGUAGCUUUGAAUGCAUUCUCUCCCAUGAAAGUGUGGAAGACUGCCAUUGGCUGGUCAAUGGAACUGAAGUGGGCCAGGAUGCACGGAUUAGGGCUUUCAACAAAGGACGGAAGUAUACCCUCAACAUCAAAAAUGCCCGACCAUCUGAUGCGGGAGAAGUGGUUUUCUCGGUCCGUGACCUAAACUCCAAAGCUACGCUAGUUGUGAAAGAAAAGCCAGCAGAAUUUACAAAGCAGUUGGAGGACAAGACUGCAUCUGUGGGGCAGGAGGUUAGCCUGAGUUGCGAAACAUCUAAGUGGGACGGCAACAUCAAGUGGUGCAAGGAUGGAAAAGAGAUCCGAAGGAGCCAGAAGUUCGAUCUGCGUCAGGACGGGACCAGGGCUGUAUUGAUCAUCCAUGAUGCUUCAGUCAAGGACAGUGGAGUGUACACGUGCGAGACGGAGAUUUCCAAAACCAAAGCCACCCUUACAGUGGAAGAAACAGGGAAUUGCUUCAUUAAAGAUCUUACGGAUCUAAAGUUGGAUGAAAAUAAAAGAGCAGUUUUCACAUGCCAAACCAAGAAGCCGACUUCCACAGUGACAUGGAGGAAAGGAAUUGCUGACCUGAAGGCAAGCAAAAAAUACGAGAUCAGCCAAAAGGCCGAGGUCCUGCAGCUCAUAGUGAAUGAACUACAGGAAAAUGACAGUGACAUCUAUACAUGCGACAUUGGCGAUUCUCAAUCGAGUGCCAAACUGGUUGUGCAAGCUCUGCCCGUCAUUUUCGAACGAGAACUGCAGAACAAGGAAGCCAAGGAAGGAAGCAAGGUCCGACUCUCCUGCGAGCUUAACAAACCGGACCUGCCGGUACAGUGGAUGAAAGGAAAGGAAGUUCUACAAGAGGGUGACAAGUAUGAAUUUAAGCAGAGGGGCACUGUGGCAGAGCUUGUCGUUCGGGACGCAAAACCCACCGACGCAGGAGAAUAUACUUGCAGCACUGGCGAGCUCAAGACAACGGCUCGUGUCGAAGUAACGGCGGCACCAGUCCUUUUUAAGGAAGAGCUCAAGGAUAUGGAAAAGGAAGAGGGGGACACUGUAGCUCUUCGAUGUGUCCUUGCAAAGCCCGAUGCUUCUGUGACAUGGAAGAAAGGGACAGCAGUACUUCGGGCUGGUGAGAAGUACGAGAUGAAGAAGGAGGGGUGUGUGGCAGAACUGGUCAUUCGUGAUGCAGAACCAGAGGAUGCUGGGAGAUAUUUGUGUGUCACCGGAGAGCACCAGACAACAGCACAGGUCAAAAUCCACGCCGUGCCCGCCCGUUUCAAAGAACCGCUCAAGAACAUGGAAGCCGUGCAAGGGGGAUCGGUCACUUUGCACUGCGAGCUGAACAAGUCCGCUCCGGUGGAGUGGAUGAAGGGGCGCAAAGGCCUGAGGCCCAGUAGCAAAUACAGAAUGAAGAAAGAAGGGACCGUGGCUGAGCUGACCAUUCAAGAGCUGGACCUGAAGGAUGCUGGAGAUUACACCUGUGCAUCUGGAGACCAAAAGACAACAGCUGUCUUAACUGUGAACGACCUGGCGGCGCAGUUCAAAAAUGAGCUCAAGAACGAGGAAGCGACCGAGAGCGGGACAGCCACUCUGCACUGCGAGCUGACCAAGGCCGUCGACUCCGUCGAGUGGAUGAAGAACCAGAAGGGGCUGAAGCCCAGCGACAAGUACAGAAUGAGGCUAGAAGGACGUUUUGCCGAGCUCACCAUCCAAGACCUGGAGUUGGCGGACGCAGGAAACUACACCUGUGUGUGCGGAGACCAGAGGACCACUGCAGCUUUGAAAGUGAACGCCUUGCCUGUUUUUUUCCAAGAAGAGCUCAAAAACGCAGAGCUGACGGAGGGCGAGACGGCCACGUUGCAUUGCAGGCUGAGCAAAGCUGGCCAUGUGGAGUGGCAGAAAGGGCAGAGGGCUAUCAAGCCGGGUGACAAAUACCAAAUAAGGCAGGAAGGGCCGUGCGCUGAACUGGUGAUCCGGGACUUGGAGGGGGCAGAUUCGGGAGACUACGUUUGUACUUGCGGCGGACAGAAGACCACGGCGACCCUGACAGUGAAUGCCCUGCCUACCCUUUUCACCAAGCCCCUGAAGGACGAAGAGGCUACGGAGGGCAAAAGCGCCACUCUGCGCUGUGAGCUGAACAAAACCUCUGCUGCUGUUGAGUGGAAGAAAGGACACAAGACUCUUAAGCAGGGCAACAAAUACAAAAUGCGGCGUGAAGGCGCAGUUGCUGAGCUGGUCAUCCAAGCCCUGGAAGUUUCAGAUUCUGGAAGCUACAGCUGUGUGUCUGGAGAACAGCAGACCAUGGCAUCUUUGGAAGUCAAGGCCCUGCCGGUGCUUUUCAAAGAAGGCCUGAAGAACAGGGAGGCCGUCGAAGGCACCACUGCCACCCUGCGUUGCGAAAUGACCAAAGCCGGGGCUGAAGUGAAGUGGAGAAAGGGGGCUCAGACCCUCAAGUCGAGCGACAAGUACCGAAUGAAGCAGGAAGGAGCUGAAGCUGAGCUUCUGAUCCGUGAUCUCCAGGCAGAGGACACGGGAGAUUAUACCUGCGUUUGUGGAGACCAGAAGACAACAGCUGUCUUGACCGUCCACGCUUUGCCCGCACGUUUCCAGGAGGAGCUCAAAAGCAAAGAAGCAACGGAAGGUGAAUUGGCCAACCUACGUUGCGAACUCACUAAAGCUGCCCCGGUGGAGUGGAUGAAAGAUGGAAAGCUGCUCAGACCCAGUGACAAAUACACAAUGAAACAAAAAGGUGCUGUCACCGAACUGAUGGUGCACGAUGUCACUGAGCAGGAUGCCGGAGAAUAUACUUGUGCAUGUGGAGAUCAGAAAACUUCUGCGCCUCUAACUGUGCAUGCCCUCCCUGCUGUCUUCAAGAAAGGCAUGGAGAACAAAGAGGCUUCGGAAGGUGAGAGCAUUGCUUUCCAGUGCGAGCUGACGAAAGCCGCUCCGGUGGAGUGGAAGAAGAAGCACAAGACGCUCCAGCCGAGCGACAAGUACAAAAUGAGGCAGGAAGGCGCAGUCUCCGAGCUUGUGAUCCACGGUCUAGAACUUAAAGACGCUGGGGAUUACGCCUGCCUGUGUGGUGACCAGAAGACAACUGCAGCGCUGGCUGUCCGUGCUUUGCCUGCUCGUUUCAAAAGCAACCUGAAGAACGAGGAAGCCACGGAAGGUGAAACGGCCACACUGCGCUGUGAACUGACCAAGGUCGCAGCUGUGGAGUGGAAGAAAGAGCACCAUGUGCUCCAAGCGAACGGAAAGUAUUCCAUGAGACAGGAUGGAGUUAAUGUCGAGCUGACGAUCCAUGAACUGGAGCUCCAGGAUAUGGGAAAUUACACCUGUGUGUGUGGGGACCAACAAACCACAGCAACUUUGACCGUGAACGCUCUCCCUCCGUUUUUCAAGGAAGAGUUAAAAGAUGAGCAGGUUCUGGAAGAAGGAAGAGUCGCUCUACGCUGUGAACUGAGCAAAUAUGCUCCAGUCGUCUGGCAGAAAGGGCCCAGCCUGCUGAAAGCAGGGGAUAAGUAUACAAUGACACAGGAAGGAACUAACGUAGAGCUGGCUAUCCACCACGUAGAAAUGCAAGAUGCAGGAGAAUAUACCUGCGCAUGUGGAGACCAGAAGACGACAGCUGCUUUAACUGUAAAUGCCUUGCCUGCCCGUUUCCAAGAAGAACUGGGGAACCAAGAGGUCACUGAAGGGGAAGCUGCCGUUCUCCGGUGUGGUCUGACCAAGAUGGCUCAAGUUGAGUGGAGAAAGGGAGAUCUGGUUCUCAGACGGAGUGAGAAAUACGCAAUGAAACAAGAAGGCAUCAUUUCAGAGCUGGUGAUCCACAAUCCAGAAGAAAAGGAUGCAGGGCAGUAUACCUGCAUUUGUGGAGACCAGCAGACUACCGCUACCUUAAAAGUCAACGCCCUCAAGCCUGAAUUCCAGCAACGUCUGAAGAACCAGAAAGCCGAAGAAGGUGAAGCGGCCAAGUUGCGUUGUGCGGUAACGGUGGCGAAGGCCACAGUGGAGUGGCGAAAAGAUGGCAUGGUUCUUCAGUCUGGCUCCAAAUAUGAAAUCAGGGAAGAAGGUACUAUCCGUGAACUGCUCAUUCACGAGCUGGAACCUAAAGACAGUGGAGAAUAUUCAUGCAUUACUGGGGAUCAGACGACAUCUGCCACUUUGACAGUGAAGGGACUUGACAUAACCAUCAUCAGGGGUCUGAAGAAUGCUGAGGUGUAUGAAGACGAAGACGUGACCUUUGAGUGCAAAGUUUCACAUGACAAUGCAAGAGAUGUAGAGUGGAAGCUGCAGGAUGCGCCCCUCCAGAACAAUGAGAUGAAUGAGAUCUCCGUUGAAAAGGGCAGGGUCCACACCCUGAGGCUCAGGAAGGUCACCCAGCAGGAUUCUGGAACUGUCACCUUCCGAGUUGGGCCGUACACCUCCACAGCACAACUCACAGUGAAAGCACCACUUCCUUUCUUUAAAGAAAAGUUAGAGAACAAAGAGCUACAAGAGGACAGUACAGCCCUCCUGAAAUGUGAAGUCUCCCAGCCCAACGUCUCAGCAACGUGGAAAAAAGGCACCGAGGUGAUUUCUCCAAGCCCCAAAUAUGAAAUCAGACAAGAAGGAACAACACAUACGUUGAAGAUUUAUGAUCUGAAAGUGGAAGAUUCCGGCAAAUACACCUGUGACAUUGGCAAUGAGAAGACCAUGGCAAUGGUAGCUGUCGAAGCCCUUCCAGUGCUUUUUGAAGCUGAGCUGCAGAACCAAGACGUGGAAGAAGGUGAGACAGUCACCCUCCGGGCUCAGCUCUCCAAACCCAACGUGGCCGUGAAGUGGAGCAAAGGCUCAUUCAAGCUGCGAGCCAGUGACAAGUAUGAGAUGAGGCAAAAGGGUUCGGUGGUCGAACUUCUCAUCCACAAUGCUCUGCCUGAGGAUUCUGGAGACUACACUUGUGACUCCGGUGACCAGCAGUCUACUGCCUCCUUGCAAGUAAAAGCUUUACCAGCGCUUUUUAUUAAGCCGCUUGAGAACCAGGAGGCAGACGAGGAUGGCACCGUCACCCUGAGCUGUGAGAUCUCAAAACACGGCGCAUCUGUGCAGUGGGAGAAAGCAGGGUCCCCGUUACGCCCCAGCGACAAGUACAAGAUGAAGCAGGUUGGCGCUGUGGUGGAACUGAUCAUCUGCAACCUGAGCCCCUCCGACAGCGGGGAGUACACUUGCGACACCGGAGACCAGAAGAGCACUGCGGCUCUGCUAGUGAAAGAGAUACCAGCCACUAUAGUAGAAGCCUUGAAAGACAUCACCUUGUUGGAAAGCGAAGAUGCCGUAUUUCAGUGCACAGUCUCUCGAGAGAAAGCCAAGGACGUGGAAUGGAGCCUGGGAGGUGUCUCUCUCCAGUCCAAUGAAAUGAACGAAAUUGGGGUUCAUGGGAAGCGUCACACUUUAACCCUCCGGAGGGUGACAUUCGAAGACUCCGGGAUGGUGUCUUUCAGACUGGGUCAGCAUUUAUCCGAGGCCCGGCUGACUGUACAACCCAAGAACACGAUUGUUCAGGGCCUAGAGAACGUCGAGGUCAUGGAGGGAGGUGAAGCCCUGUUCGAAUGUUACCUUUCCAAGCCAGAGAGCUACAAUUAUAAUUGGCUGAUUGACGACGAACCCGCUAAAACUUCCGAAAAUGUCGAGAUGGUCUAUUUUGAAAACGGACUGCGCCAUCUCCUUCUCUUGAAAAAUCUGACACCCCAAGACAGCUGCAGGGUGACCUUCCUUACCAGCGAUGUUGUGACAUCUGCGUUCUUGACUGUAAAAGGAUGGCGCCUGGAAUUUCAGCAGUCACUGACUGACAUUAUGGUCACCGCUGGAGGCCGAGCGAUCUUCACCUGUGUUUUAAGUGAAGCGGUGCCCGUUAACGAGGUUGCUUGGUAUAAUAAUGAUGUGGAUAUCCAGCCAGAUGAGAACUGGGAAAUCCAGGCAGAUGGGAAUAGCUACAAACUCAUCUUGAAGAACGCUCAGCUGCAUCACUCUGGGGAGGUGACGUUUGCCGCGAGGGACGCCAUUGUGUCUGCCAAGUUAACUGUCAUCGAGUCUACAACGGGAGUCAGUAAGCCUUUGGUUGACAAGUCUGUUGCAGAAGGGCAGAAGGUACAAUUGCAGUGUGAAUUAUCCAAAGAAUCCCAAGAUGUCGUCUGGUUCAAAGGAAAAGAACCGGUCCAGCCUGGGGGAAGAUACGAACUUAUCGCUGAAGGCAAAAAACAGAUGCUCAUCAUUCAUGAUUUUAAAACGGAUGAUCAGGGAUCAUAUACCUGCAUGGCCUCUCCUGAUAUAAAAACUUCGGCCAAAUUAACUCCCAUUGCCAAGGAGCUGGGCGAGAUGGUGGACGGGCAGCUGCAACCCAGUUUGCCACCUGAAGCCGCUCAGGAGGGUGAUCUUCACCUCCUGUGGGAAGCGGUCUCUAAGAAGCGUCGGAUGAGCAGGGAGCCGACCCUUGACUCCAUCAGCGAACUGCCAGAAGAAGACGACAAGCUUCAGAAACAGAAGAAGGAAGAAGCUGAGAGAGCCCCCUACUCAGAGGAAUACUCCACUUGCGAUGAGUCAACGAGAGCAGGAGAAGCAGACUUCUCAUUUACCAGUUCGGACGACGAGUCGAGAGCUGGGACUCCUUCCCUAACCAGCUACCUCAAACAAGCCGGCUCCAUCAGUGUUAGCAGCAAAGUCCAGACUGUCUCUGCAGGGAAACAGUGGGAGAAGACCACCAUCACAACUACUGAACGAGCCUCUCUCGCCAAACCGGCUGAACCGGAGGUCCUAGAAGGAGACCUGGAUGACCCUUCCAUGGCUCAAGCAGCUGUCAAAAUCCAGGCCGCUUUCAAAGGCUACAAAGUGCGGAAGGAGAUCAAGCAGCAAGAAUGCCCAGUGUUUGCUGAGACCUUCAAGGACUUUUCGGGUGAGCCAGGAGGCAACCUUCAUCUGGAAUGCGUGGCCCAAAGCAAAACCGAUAUGGUGGUCCGCUGGUUGAAAGACGGUAGUGAAAUCUUAGACGGGCGCCAUUGCCACAUCGACAACUAUAGCGACGGGACCUGCUCUCUGAUUAUCACUGGCCUGGAGAUGAACGACGUGGGCAAGUACACGUGCGAGGCAUCCAAUAAAUUUGGCAAGGUCUCCCACAGCGCCAAGGUGAUGGUGAGUGCCCCACCUCUAGCACCUCAGCGCAAGCACAAACCUACCAAGAAGCCUGUUGAGAGUGAAACAGAGAGCUCUUCAGGCAGCGAGUUGGACGACGCCUUCCGAAAAGCAGGGAGGAGGCUUCACAAGCUGUUCAAGUCCAAGAUCUCCACCGAGAUUUCAGACGUGGAGGAGGAGCUCUUUGUCAGCGCUGACGAGGGAGAUAUAGAGCCUGUGGACCACCAGACCUACCGUGAAGACGAAACGUACAUCUAUAUCAAGUUUGAAGUUAUGUCGGAGGCCAAGACGGCAGCCAGCCGGUUUAGAGAAAUGUUUGCUGCCAUGGGUAUCGCGGUGGAGAUUGAUAUCCUGGAUCAAGGCAGUAAAAAGGUCGAGUUGCGCAUAGGGAAAGCUACUCCUCCUGCUGCAGGGCAGCUACGGACUUUGGUGAAACGGCCACCCCCUCCUCUGCUAACCUCUGAUACUGCUCCCAUCUUCAUAACUGAGCUUCAGAACCAAGAGGUGCAGGACGGCUACCCGGUCAGCUUCGACUGCGUCGUUAUCGGCAAGCCGACCCCUACUGUCCGCUGGUUCAAGGAUGGGAGAGUUAUCGAAGAGGAUGACCACUACAUGAUCAACGAGGACCAGGAAGGCUGCCACCAGCUGAUUAUCACUGCGGUGGUCCCUCUUGACAUGGGGGUCUACCGCUGUCUGGCUGAAAACAGCAUGGGCGUGUCUUCCACUAAAGCGGAGCUCCGCGUGGACUUGACCAGUACCGAUUACGACACAGCUGGAGACGCAACGGAGACCUCAUCCUACUACAGCGCCAAGGGAUAUUUCUCCAGCCGAGAACAAGAAGGAGUGGAAUCCAUGACCGAGGAGGAACAGCUGCCACAGAUCCUAGAUGAGCUUCAUGAUAUCCAUGUGGCCCCAGGAGCACCCUUGGCCAAGUUCCACCUGAAGGUGAAAGGGUAUCCGCAGCCUCGUCUCUAUUGGUUCAAAGACGGGCAGCCCUUGCACGCCUCCGACCGACUCCUAAAGACGGACAAAAGAGAGUUUCACGCCCUGGAAGUUCUCAAUGUCACCAAGAAGGACGCCGGUCAAUACUCCGUGUUCAUCAGCAAUUCUGCGGGUUCUGCAUAUUCAGCAGCCAGACUGGUGGUGAAAGGUCCUGGGGAAGAAGAAGAGAAACCAGAAAAAGAGGUUCGUGGACAGCUGGUGCCACCACGAUUCCUGGAAAGAUUCACCAACAAAAAAGUGAAGAGCGGAGUCAGCAUUACCCUUUCUGUGAAAGUUGAAGGAAGUCCACCACCCGCAGUGACUUGGUUGAAGGAAGAAUCUCGUGGAGAAGACAUCCUUUGGAUCAAAUCAGACACUCCCGGAUAUAAACUAGCCAGUUCCAAUUUGCAACAUAGCUUAAUCUUGUUGGAUGUAAAGAAGGAAUACAGUGGAAACUACACCUGCAUUGCCUCCAAUGAGGCAGGCCAGUCUAUCUGCAGUGCCUCCCUCGAAGUUUUGGAUGUGAAAGAGGCUGAAGUUCUGACCCAGGAGCGGAUGAUGGCGACUGAGGCUCUGAUGACCACAUUAGGAGUUGGUAUUUCAGCUCCACCUCCAGAAGGCAUCAAGGGCCUCUCACUUGCCGAAGUUGGGACAGAGGAAUUUCUGCAGAAACUGACAUCACAGAUCACAGAAAUGGUAUCUGCAAAGAUAAGCCAAGCCACACUUCGGGUCCCCGGAGCUGAUAGUGAUGAUGAAUCAAAAACACCAUCCGCGUCUCCAAGACACGGCAGAUCCCGGCCGUCAUCAACGGCUCAGGAGUCUUCCUCUGAGUCUGACGAAGGGGAUGCAAGAGGAGAGAUUUUUGAUAUCUACAUGGUCACUGCUGACUACACCCCUAUGGGUGCUGACCGUGAAACCAUCACGCUGAAGGAAGGGCAGUAUGUGGAAGUCCUGGAUUCUGCUCACCCUCUGAAGUGGCUGGUGAGGACCAAACCCACCAAGUCCAACCCCUCCAGGCAAGGUUGGGUUUCUCCGGCCUACCUGGAUAAGAAAUUAAAGAUAUCAGCUGAAUGGGGCAUUCCAGAGGUUCCUGAGUUCCCCGGGGAAUCUGUUUCAGAGGAUGACUACAAAAAGAAACUGAGCCUCAUUAUUCAGGAUAUGCUGAACUCAGAGGAGGAGUUUGUGAAAGACUUGCACUUCCUGCAGACCCAUCACAUCCAGUACACGGAGACCUGCCCCAACAUCCCGGCCGCUGUUUCCAAUCAGAAGCUCAUCGUCUUCAGAAAUAUCACAGAGAUCACUCACUUCCAUUCCAACACCUUCUUUCCAGAGCUUCAGAAAUGCGACACGGACGAUGACGUGGCUAUGUGCUUUAUUAAGAACGAGGGGGACUUCGACAAGUACAUCCAGUAUUUUGUUGGUCGGAUACAGGCUGAGUCUAUUGUGGUCAGCAAAACUGUUCAGGAGUUCUACAAGCGAUAUACAGAGGAGAUGCUGUCCAGCGAAGACCCUUCUCAGCCACCCGUGCUUCCCCUGCAGCACUAUCUAGAGAGACCAAUAAACAGGAUCCAGAAGUAUCAAAUUAUAAUCAAGGAAUUAAUUCGAAACAAGGCAAGAAGCAAUCAAAACUGUGCACUGCUGGAGCAAGCUUAUGCCAUCGUGUCUGCGCUUUCCAGGCGUGCAGAAAACAACCUCCACGUGUCACUCAUUGAGAAUUAUCCUGGAACCCUUGAAAUCCUUGGGGAGCCCAUCCGGCAGGGACAGUUCAUAGUGUGGGAGGGAGCCCCCGGAUCCCGAAUGGCCUGGAAGGGUCACAAACGUCAUGUCUUCCUCUUCAAGAACUACCUCUUAGUCUGCAAGCCCAAACGGGACACCAAGACGGAAACGUACAGCUACAGCUUCAAGAACAUGAUGAAGCUUUCAAACAUCGAUGUAAAUGAUCUGGUAGAAGGGGACGACCGGGCAUUUGAGAUUUGGCACGAGCGGGAAGACUCGGUCCGUAAAUACGUGUUCCAAGCCCGCACUGUCAUCAUCAAGAACUCUUGGGUGAAGGAGAUCUGCGGCAUCCAGCAUCGCAUCAGCCUGCCGGUUUGGGAUCCACCAGAGUUUGAGGAGGAAUUGGCUGACUGUACAGCUGAACUUGGUGAAACUGUCAAGUUAGCUUGCCGUGUAACAGGAACUCCCAAGCCGGGUGUCACCUGGUAUAAAGACGGCAAAUCCGUGGAGGUGGAUCCUCAUCACAUCGUCAUCGAAGACCCCGAUGGCUCCUGCACUUUGAUCCUUGACAACCUGACGGGCGUCGACUCAGGGCAGUAUAUGUGCUAUGCUGCCAGCCCCGCCGGCAACGCCAGUACGCUGGGGAAGAUCUUUGUUCAAGUUCCUCCUCGAUUUGUCAACAAGAUUAAACAUGCAUAUUAUGCUGAUGGUGAAGACGCGCAGUUUACGUGCACCAUUGAAGGAGCACCUUUUCCACAGAUCAGGUGGUAUAAAGAUGGAAACCUGUUGACUGACCCAAAUAAGCACCAGAGUUUCAGUGAGCAAAGAAGUGGCGUGAUUGUCCUGGUGAUAAAAAACGCCUGUAAGGAUGACGUGGGAUUCUACGAGUGUGAGCUGGUGAACAGGCUAGGGACAGCCAAGAGUGGGGCUCACCUUUACCACCAGAGUGCGGCUGCAUUGGCUCAAGAGAGGAGAGCGGAUCAAGCCAUUACAAUUGAAGUCACUGAACAAGAAACUAAAGUUCCCAAGAAAACCAUCAUCAUAGAGGAAACUAUAACAACAGUGGUGAAGACCCCGCGGGUGAAGCGAAGGAUAUCUCCUGCCCGCCCACCUUCAGGCUAUUCUCCUUCACGCUCCUCAAGAUCAGAGUUUUCAACACCUGAGCCAGUUUAUAUGACCAAGGUGAGACAGCCUCUGCAUCGCCAUGACUUGGAAGGAAUGCAAAGGACCGCCAUCCCCACACUUUUUGUGACAGAGGCGGAAGAAAGGCAAGGUGCAUCAGUCAGAGGUGGAAUUGGAGAAGCCGCCAUGGAGGAACAGAAGUCCAAAUGGGUUGAAGUAGAGGAAAUAAUUGAAUUUAAUGUGAAGAAGUCAGCCCAGACUUCGAGGAAAAGAGGAGGUUCUCCUGUGAGAGCAGAAAAAGAUGAAUCGAGUUUUAUUUGGUCUGGCCCAAGACCCAGGCGAUCCCCUGAAGAUGACCCAAACACAAAUAAUUCUAACAAUAAAUUAGUGGAGCAAAGCAAGUCUUCCCUACCCCGUGAUGUUGAAAUAUCUGGAGCUGAAUACAAGGGAAUAUCAACUGGUGAUGAAAAUAUAAGUUCCGAUUAUGGGUCUGAACAAGAAGGAAAGAGCUCUCCGGAGGAGUCAAUUAGUAAGGCUGAUUCACCCACUACUUCACCCACAGUCAGCUUUGUGGACGAACUAUCUGAGACAACAGAAGUGGGUAAGGAUUCAUACAGAGACACAGCGGUUGAAGAGGCUGCUGCCAGAUUUGAUGCAAUUUGGGCUGCUAAAGAGAGACCAUCAAGUCCUGUGCAAGACAAAGACCUUCCAGAAGAAGAAAACAUCAUAAUCGAUGAACCCGAAGAGGUAGGGUUUGUUGACCUUAGCAACCGAGACCUCAAAAUCCUUACUCGAAAUGGGAAAGCGUUAACUCUGGAGGACCUUGAAGAUUAUGUCCCUGAAGAAGGGGAGACCUACAGAUGUGGAAAUCCUAACUACGAAGAUGAACCUUGCGAAAUAGCUGUGCUCCAAACUGAAAUCAACAAACCCACCAUUGGGAAGCCUGUCUUACUCAAUGUGGGCAGACCUGUGAUUCCCAAGCCAAAGCAAACUUUUUUUAGCAAGUUCGAAGGGCAUCAUCCAAGCGGCAUCUUCAUGUCGGCAUCCAGAAUGACGGGAAUGCAGUCCAGUGGUCCAUCUAACAUUUCUUUCCACGUCAGUGAGACCCUCUCCGGAGCAGUGGUGACACCCCCAUCCCAUACAGGAGCUUCAGCAGAAUCUCCGUACAAAAUGGCGCCGUCUUUCUGUACCGAAGUCCAGCUAUCUGCAGAUAACGGGCAAUCCAGCUUCAAAACUGAAGUUUCUACAAGAACUCUCAGCUAUGGAACUGUCGGAGAACCGGUAACACUGUGUAUCAAGAAGGAAGACCCUUCCCAAAGCUGAGUAGCAAAGCAACCCAGUUUCUACUACCACUUACAAACAUUGCCUUAAACAACGAGAAGUUACACCAAGAAAACUAUGACGGGAAUAAUAAAGAGGAACCUAAAAGAAAAAUCUCCUAAGGAAAAUACCGCACAGCAGGAAACGUGGAGCUUUUCCAGUCUUAAAGGGAACACUUCUGUCCAUUCAGUAUAUAUAAUGUAAUCUUUCAUUGUCAUUGAAAGCUAAAAAAAGACAACACCAUUCCAUAGUGAAAUGAUGAGCAGGUAGCAUAGACCUAGGGCAUAAUUAGUGAGGAGAUCUAAAUAAACAUAAUUCUAGAUAUCUAAACAUUAUUUCAAGUUGCAAACUCCUUAAAUUAUCCUCACUGUAUUGCAAUUUAGCCGUUCCUUCCGGCAACUAAAGGAAGGCAGAGCAUUUCUAUCUAUCUGUUUCUAGUUUGUCUUUGUGCGUGCCUCAACUGCGGUAAAAAGCGGUUGAGCUGACACUUUUAACAAAAAAUGUAAUGACCAUAAACUGUUU